AUGCCGCCUCAGGGGUGUAAGGAGUGGUUACAUUGGUUCAAACACAAAGAAGAAUACGGCCCCAUCAGCUCCGUCACAGCGGCAGGGAACACUCUAAUCAUCUUGAACGAAGCCGAAAUUGCAUUUGACCUGCUUGAAAAAAGAGCAUCACAGUACUCUGCGCGACCGAAGAUGGUUAUGGGCCCUGAGCUAGGAGGUUGGAACCGCGUGGUGACCCUAAAAAGCAACCCGGUCGAAGUUCGAGCCCAUCGAAAGCGCAUCAACCAUCAUAUCGGCUCGACCCAGGCGUUGUCCUCCUUCUAUCCCCAGCAGGAUGUGCAGAUCAAUCAGUUUCUAUCGAAUGUGCUUUCCAAUCCCAGUGAGGUUUUGGAACAUAUCCGGAGUGUCGUUGGAGCGAACAUUUUGAAGAUCACCUACGGAUACACGGUGGAGCCCGUUGAACACGACUGUCUCAUUGAGCUGGCAGAAGAAGUAGGGGAACGAUUCAAUGUUGCAUGUCAGCCGGGGCUUUGGCUCGUUGAUAGCUUUCCCUUCUUGAGGCACAUUCCAAAUUGGGUGCCAGGAGCUGAUUUCAAACGCACGGCCGAAAAAUAUCGCAAGUUGUUGACCGCACUUGGAGAGAAGCCAUAUGCCUUUGUCCAACACCAAAUGGCAUCUGGCAUGCACACACCGUCGUUCGUUUCGAAACAACUUGAACAGGCAGGGGGAUCCCUGACUCCGCUGCAGGAGCACGAGAUUAUCUGGGCUGCUGGUGUUCUCUAUGGUGCUGGUGCGGACACGACUGUUUCCGCACUCUCAGCUUUCUACCUCGCCAUGGCGUUGCACCCCGAAGUUCAGCGCAAAGCUCAAGCCGAGCUUGACCAAGUCGUGGGAUGUAGGAUGGCCGGGCCAGAUGACAGAAACGACUUGCCCUAUUUAGAAGCUGUGAUUAAGGAGGUCCUACGCUGGAACCCUGUGGCGCCUCUUGGCGUUCCACACACCACCACGGAAGACGAUCUCUAUGAGGGCUAUCGAAUUCCCGAAGGUGCCACCGUGAUACCCAAUAUCUGGGCAUUCAUGCACGAUCCCAAGUUAUACCCAGAUCCAAUGGCGUUCAAACCUGAACGAUUCCUCCAGACAGACAACCAUAUGCCCGAACUCGAUCCGCAUAAGAUGGCUUUCGGUUUCGGUCGGCGGACUUGUCCUGGUCGCUUUCUAGCUGAUUCGAAUCUUUACCUGGCAGUCGCACGAUCACUUACUAUCUUCCAGAUCCUCAAGCCGGUGGUGAAUGGACAGGUUAUUGAGCCACCCAAUGACUUUCAGCCGGGAAUUAUCAGCCAGCCCACUCCUUUUAAGCUUGAUAUUCGACCCCGGUCGGCGGCACAUGAAUCGCUACUUAAGUCACAUUCGGGAGAGGUGAAGUCUGAGGGCCAUUCGGCGUUGUUGGACAAGAUUUGGAGUAUGCAGCAUUGA